GUGCAGUAGGACCUCUGUCGCUCUGGAGCAUUCAAUCUACAUGCACAUUUUCAUCGAGUUCCCUCAUGCCUACCCCACGAACCCCAAGGAGCAGCGAUAGGUUCAACCUACUCAUCCACAACCUCAAUACAGCCUACGAUUUAGACCUUCCAAACCCAGCUCUAUCAACUCCAAGACGGCGGCCUGGAGAUGAACGGACUUUGCCAGAAAGAUGUGUUGGCCUUGCAAAGUUCCUCUACUACGAUGACCCCGAGAAAUUUGAACGGGUGGUGCUUGGCUCGCUUUCAGAGUGGAUGAACGCGUUCCUGUCCAAGUGGGUCCCGAAGCCGAAUCAAGAACCAGGAACGAUGCCAUCGCGAUCAUUCAUUAAUAGCAACACGAUUUCCAUGGCGAGGAAUAUCACUCCGGACCAGCGCGCAAUCGUGCUCAACUAUUUAUGGAAAGUGCUCAGUGAUGAGGAGUAUCUGGUGAGAAAGGGGUCCUCUAGAAUACCGAGAGGUGUAAAUGUCGUCGCUCCUGUAGACGAUAGGUUCGGGGGGGGAUGUAGCUUAGAAUCCCCAGCUGCUACUACCACUGGAGGUUCGAUGACGGGAUCCGGAAUGACGCCCAGCACUCCCUCAGAAAUACCACCAGCAGCAGCACCAGGCAAGAUACCACCUUCUCCGCCCAAAAGAAAGGUCGUUACUGACGAUUCCGAGGUAUUUUUGACUGCUCCCAAUACUCCUUCUAAUCCGUUCCAUACCAUGUCAUCAUCGUUGUCUGAUGAUGAGUUUGGGAAUUCCGAUCUGGAUGACCUUGAUAUCGAUCUUGAUAUCGCUUCAUUGGGCUUGGCUGAUUCUUUCGACGAUAACCAGAAAAAAAAUGGCCCAAAACAACGGAGGAUUGAUGAAUUUAUGACGUCUUCCAAGAAUGUCCAGAAAUCUAUGGGGGAACAAACUGAACAGCCGCAGAAAGAUGAAAACACAAGUUUUGAAACAAUGACUACUGAGCAACCAAACUCCUUUGGACCUAGCUUCGCAUCCAGUACUCCUGCAACCUCCUUUUCAAGGAGCUUCCAGACCGAGGAGUUAGAGUUGGAUGAGCCAUCUCAAUAUACUUCAACCGUUAGGCCGCCCUCAAAUAAUAUCUUCGCAUCCUCGUGGGAUAAUGAAGACACCGAAAGUCCAUCAAAAGGUCCACUAUCCGUGCAACGAAAAACAGAACAUGAUUGGCGAGAGCAAAAAAUUCACAAAAUUAUCCGAGAACUAGAAGAGGAGGGCCCAUUCUCGAGUCGGAACAUGAUAAAAACGACUGUUCCACUACGCUACAGAUAUGAGGCCCAAAGAGCAGCCACUUUUCUUAAAGUUCCGGUUGAAGAUAUUCUCCAAAAGCUGGAUCGGCGGAAGCUACCCGAGUAUGAAGACCUCUGGAAGGAUAUUCAUAACGGUAGGCCGUCGAGCUUGGAAAAAACAACACAAGAAACAUGGGAUAUGGCAGUGGACCAAUAUGAGGACCGAAAUUCCACUGGUGAUGUGGUGACAUUGAGCUGUGAACUGGAAUGGUGUUCGAACAAAGAACCAGGUUUUUUGAAGCUUACUUUAAACCCUUUGAAAUUUAUGAGGGGUUAUCGAUUUAGCCGACGGUUUGGAUCAGACCGUUUCCUUGAAGUGACGUACCCAACUGUGGCAGAGCCACCACCACACCUUGUUCGAAAAGAUGACGAGGUGGAAAAGGAGAUAUUGCUCGAAGCGAUUUCGCGUUGGAUGGCGACGAGUGUACAUCAUUUGGUGGGGAGAUUCUGGAGGGGCUUGUAUAUUGAAGAUAUUCAAAAGAAGCCGAAAAAGUCCGCCAAAUACGAUGGAGUCGGUGUGAGCCCAAAGGUUUCUAUCAAGCAAAGGGCAUUUUUCUUUGGAACUGGUGGGAUUGACUUCCGUACAGCCAGGGGCCCUCUGGACAUUCCUCCGCAUGGCGAAAAAUCUGGGCAACGCACCAGUAUGAGUAUCGAUGCAUUGAUUAAUUGGCAUAUGCCCAGAGCCGAAAAAAACAAUCAAAAAUCUGACCUUAAACUGUUUCAACGACUCCAACUUGGGCUGUCGCGGACUUUGAGCACGGUUGUCCUGCGACGGGAUGAGAUAGUGUAUUUGAAGGACCCCCCUCCACCUGUAAUGAAUGACGGCUGUGCGCUGAUGUCUAGGUCGCUGGGAAUGGAAAUUGCGUGCACCUUGGGGCUGGAGACAGUCCCAGCUAUCUUUCAAGGAAGGAUUUCCGGCGCAAAAGGGGUCUGGAUGGUGGAUCGUGACGACUCAAGGUUUAGAGUUGGUGAUCGGAGAUUUGGUCUUCAAAUUACCGAGUCACAACUCAAAAUCCACCCCGCUCCUCCGUAUGAUACAAGGCCCGUUGAUGAUACGCAGCUGGCCUUUGAAGUCGUUCAAUGGUCACGGCCUUUAAGUCCUGCUGCCCUGAAUUUGCAGCUCCUCAAUAUUCUUCAACACGGCGGCAUCCGCAAUGAUCAUAUAAAAAGUUUGAUUAAACAGGAAAUGUCUUCCUUUUACGACGAUUUUUUGGAAACCCUACGAGUUCCCAAUGGUGUUGCGUGUCGCAGUUGGUUGCAAAAGAUGAAACGGAUCACCGAUGAGAGCUACAAACGGCAAACCAAACGUACCAGCAAUUAUUUCCCGCCCCAAUAUGCGGAGCAGGCAGUUCUCCUUCUGGAUGCUGGCUUUUUACCAUUAAAACUACCCUAUCUAACUGAAUUAUUUAAACGCCUUCUCCACGAUUACUUAAAUAAUCUGAAAAAUUUGAAGGUCAGAGUGUCUCAAUCAACGUUCGCGUAUUGCAUUGCGGAUCCCUUCGGAGUGUUAAAGCCGGAUGAAGUUCAUCUUGGGUUUUCCAGCGCAUGGGAGCACGGCUCCGUCGGUACAGAGCUUCACGGCAUUGAUAUCCUCCUUGCUCGCUUACCUGCACAUCUUUCAACCGAUAUCCAAAAACGAAGGUCAGUUUACAAAAAUGCGCUACGCCAUUUUAAGGAUGUGAUAGUAUUUCCCACAACUGGAGAUACACCACUUGCCUCUCUGCUUUCUGGUGGCGAUUAUGACGGGGAUCAAUGUUGGGUCUGCUGGGAUCCAAUUAUUGUGCGCGAGUUUAAGAACACCGAGUUCGAUCCAAAAACGGUGCCAUCGGAAGAAAGUCUUGGACUUCGCGACCACUCAACACGGAUCAGUGAGUAUGUGUCGACAGAAAAGUUUCUGGCCAAUGCUUUUAAGUUCAAUUUAAAAUCGUCCAAACUGGGACCCUGCACCGUUGAACACGAAACUUUCUGUUACCACCAGAACAACAUCAAUUCUAGCUUGGGAGUCAAGUUGGCUUGGUUGCUUAGCUAUCUGGUGGACAGCAGAAAGUCGGGGCGGGAACUGACGGAUGAUGCGUGGAAGAAUUUACGGCCAAAAUACCCGAAUACUGUAUUCACGGAGAGGAACCCGCUGCGUCCUGCUUACAAGAGCCUUUCAAACGGUUCAAAUCCUUCGCAGUGGAACAGCAAUAAUCUCAUCGAUUAUUUGCUGUUCGAGGUGAUAGUAGCUGAAAGCAAUCAAAUGCUCGUCCGGUUCGGCAAAUUUUGUCGCGAACAUUGUGAGCUUCCAAUCGAUUCUCACCUAAUUAUCCCUUGGAACGAGGCAGAGGACAGGGCAAUUAAGGAGAGGGAUGAAAAUAAGCCUGCUCUGUACGAUGCUCUGAAGGGGCUUAAAGAGAGCGUUAGAGAAAAGAAAGCCAAGUGGGCUGGCUUGGUGGGGCCGAGCAAGAUGUCAUAUUCCCAUAAGAUUACUGAAGCGGCUCAAAUACUGCAGGAGAUAGCGCCUCCUGAUUUCGACCACCCUCUAGGCCACACGUGGGUGAAUAGCCAGUACGAAUGGGAAAGGCUCCGUGCAUCAUGUGCCUAUAAGGAAUGCCAAACUGAUUUCGUGUGGUUCGCAGCUGGCCCGGUCCUCUGCGAAAUCAAAGCCAAGGCUCUGGGGGGCGGCUCACGAACCAUCGUGCCGGAGAUCUAUAGCAUCUUGAGGGUGAACCGCAAUUCGGCCAAGAGGGUGGUAGAGCGGGCAACGAGACGUAAUGCGGGUGAAUGGAGCGACGACGAUGAAGACGAGGACGAUGAAUUUUGCGAUAUCGAUGAAUCCGUUCUUCUAGACCUAGGCCAAAGCAUCUAUAAUUCUUCGUCUCACGGCAGCUCAUCAAGUGGAUAG